AUGUCUGCUACUGCGAGUCGUAUCGAACUUGACGUUCUGGUGAUUGGUGGUGGAUUUGGGGGUUGCUAUCUGUUGAAACAGCUGCGAGAGAAUGGAUUCAAGACUAAACUCAUUGAUGCGGCUCCUCGACUGGGUGGCGUGUGGGCACACAACAGGUACCCAGGAGCUCGGGUGGAUGUCGAGAUGCCAUGUUAUAGCUAUUCUGAUCCCGCCAUCUUGAACUCGUUCAUCUGGACAGAGAGAUAUCCAUCUGACAGCGAAUUAAGGCGCUACUUCGACCACGUCGACAAGGUUUGGGAUCUUUCCAGAGACGUGGAGUGUAACACCCAGGCCGUACAAUGCACUUAUCAAGAGCAAUCUGGCAACUCUCGCUGGCAUGUUGAAGUCAAGUCUGGAGAGGUGUAUAACUGCAAAUGGCUCGUCAGUGCCACCGGAACGUCUUUCAAGCAAUAUAUCCCAGAGUGGAAGAACAUGGACAUGUAUCGCGGUGUGAUUGGCCAUUCCUCCCUUUGGCCAGAGAAUAUCGACCUCACCAACAAACGUGUGGCUAUCAUCGGCGCAGGCUCGACAGCUUUACAGGUCAUGCAGGAAGCAGCCAAAGUAGCGACGAGCGUAACGCAGUACAUUCGAACCCCUAAUCUGGCAUUACCAAUGAGACAGCGACAAAUCUCCGAAGAUGAGAUCUACGCAUACAGGCCCCAAUUCCCUCAUCUAAUGAAGUCUCUACGCAACACACCAGCUGGUCUUCCAACUGUAGGUCAAGGAAAGGGUACGUUCGACGUAAGCGACGAGGAGAGAAGGACAAUUUGGGAAGAGGGAUGGAAACGUGGUGGUUUCAACUGGUCCAUCGGAGGGUUCUCAGAUACUUUACUCAAUCGCGAAGCCAACAAAGAGGCCUAUAAGUUCUGGCGGGAGAAGACGUUACCGCGGGUGAAGGACCAGAAGAAAGCAGCCUUACUUAUCCCUGAGCAACAACCUUAUUGGGUAGGCACUAAACGCCCCAGCCUGGAACAGGAUUAUUACGAAUGCUGUGAUCGCCCAAAUGUUUACAUCACCGACUCGCCAAUCGUGGAGUUCACCGAGACUGGAAUUGUGUCGAAGGAUGGUGAGAGACCCUACGAUAUCGUUGCGAUUUGCACUGGAUAUGAUGCCGUCACUGGAGGCUUGCGGACAAUGGGCAUUACCGGGCGAGACGGCUUAGCUCUGGAUGACAAGUGGCAAUCAGGUGUCUCCACCCACCUAGGAAUGAUGGUCAACGGGUUCCCGAACCUGUACAUUAUCUAUGGGCCGCAGGCACCCACUUCUCUCGCUAACGGACCGCCAUUCCUGGAACUGCAAGUCGAAUGGAUUGUAGAAGCCCUAAAGAAACAGCGAGACGAAAAGCUCGACUCGGUGGAGGCCAAGCAGAGCGAAGAAGACAAGUGGAAGCAACAGACAGCCGAUCUUGCCAACAUGACUCUGGCGAUUGAGACGAACUCGUGGUACAUGGGUGCCAACGUCCCUGGGAAGAAGCGUGAGUUUCUGAUCUACAUGGGUGGUGUCCCGACGUGGCACUCUGCAGCUGUAGACGCGUUGGAAGGAUGGAAGGGCUUCGAAACGUCGAAGGCGCAGUUAUAG